AAGACCGGACGACCGAAGGUUACAGGUCGCUGCCUGCAACAACUGAAACGGUACGAGAAGGCUGAGGGGAUUCUGGCGAACAGCUUCCAGGAGAUGGAGCCGGAGGCGGCGAUGGUGCUGAAGGAGAAAAAGCCCGGCCGACCGCCCGUCCACCUGGUUGGGCCACUAGUGCAAACUGGGAGGCCGAGCUCGAGCCCGGAAGAGUCGCUGUGUUUGAAGUGGUUGGACGAACAACCGGAUGCCUCCGUGCUGUACAUUUGCUUGGGCAGCCUCGGAGUGCUGAGCCGUGAUCAGGUGAAGGAGAUGGCUCUGGGGUUGGAGACGAGCGGCCAUAGGUUCCUUUGGGUGGUCAGAAGACCGGCAGACAACGGCAUCGUCGGAGGCAGCGAAGACGACCCUGCGAGCUACUUGCCUCAAGUGUUUCCCGAGAGGACGACGGAGUCGGGGCUGGUGGUGUCAUUCUGGACGCCGCUGAUCCAGAUCCUGAGCCACCGGGCAGUGGGAGGCUUCGUUACGCACUGCGGGUGGAGCUCGACGUUGGAGAGCGUCGUGCAUGGCGUGCCCAUGAUCGCGUGGCCGCUGUACGCGGAGCAGAGGAUGAUGAACGCGCUGAUGCUGGCGGAGGGGCGGAAGGUGGCGCUGAGGGCCAAGGAAGACAAUGACGGCGUCGUCCGCAGGGAGCAGAUCCCUGCGGCCGUGAGGGAGUUGAUGGAGCGGGAGGGAGGCCGGGUGGUGCUGGCAAGGGUGCGACAACUCCAGGAGGCCGCCGCCGCAAAGGCCAUGGUCAAGGAAGCAGCUUCCCGCAAUGCCCUCCACGAGGUGGUCGCCAAAUGGAAGAACACGUUCUGA